AUGGCUUUAUAUAGUGAGCUCCGAGAGGGCCAUAUCUGGCUGGCGGUCUCCAAAUGGGUGGAGGGCGAGUGGUGGUAUGGCAAGCAGCGCGCCCUCUUUGGCGCAUCGACGCUGGGUGCGUGGCGUGGGAGUUCGGCUGCAGAGGGGCAGCGUGCGUGGCGCGUGGCGGUAUCGGAGCCUAAAGCGGCCGUAGUCGACAUGCGGCCAUUUCGGCUCCACCGCCUGAAACGUUUAAAGUAG